AUGUCUUCCUCUAAGGGUCUAUUGACAUUCAUGGAUGUGGCUAUAGAGUUCUCUAAGGAGGAGUGGGGAUGUCUGGAUUCUGCUCAGAGAACUUUGUACAGAGAUGUCAUGUUGGAGAAUUACAAUAACCUGGUUUCUCUGGGUGUUGCUGUUUCAAAGCCAGAGGUAAUCGUCUGUCUUGAACAAAACAACGAACCAUGGAUUGCUGGUAGAGAAGAUACAGAAAGAAAAAAAAACAGUUUAUAUGUGGAUCUUUGCCUCACUCCCUGUCACCCCUUUGGCAAUCCUUUCACCAGCCCCUAUCAACUUCUACUUUGA